AUGGCUCAGUUUCCAACACCUUUUGGAGGCAGCCUGGAUAUCUGGGCCAUAACUGUAGAGGAAAGAGCAAAGCACGAUCAACAGUUUCAUAGUUUAAAGCCAAUAUCUGGAUUUAUUACUGGUGAUCAAGCUAGAAACUUUUUUUUUCAAUCUGGGUUACCUCAGCCUGUUUUAGCACAGAUAUGGGCGCUAGCUGAUAUGAACAAUGACGGGCGAAUGGAUCAAGUGGAGUUUUCCAUAGCUAUGAAACUUAUCAAACUGAAACUGCAAGGGUACCAACUCCCUUCCACACUUCCCCCCGUCAUGAAACAGCAGCCGGUCGCUAUUUCUAGUGCACCAGCCUUUGGAAUAGGAGGCAUCGCCAGCAUGCCGCCACUCACAGCUGUUGCUCCGGUGCCAAUGGGAUCCAUUCCAGUUGUCGGAAUGUCUCCACCUCUAGUAUCUUCUGUUCCUACAGCAGCAGUGCCUCCCCUGGCUAACGGGGCUCCCCCUGUUAUACAACCUCUACCCGCAUUUGCUCAUCCUGCAGCCACAUUGCCAAAGAGCUCUUCCUUCAGUAGAUCUGGUCCAGGGUCACAAUUAAACACUAAAUUACAGAAGGCACAGUCAUUUGAUGUGGCUAGUGCCCCUCCCGCGGCAGAAUGGGCUGUCCCUCAGUCAUCCAGACUGAAAUACAGACAGUUAUUCAAUAGUCAUGACAAAACUAUGAGUGGACACUUAACAGGUCCCCAAGCAAGAACUAUUCUUAUGCAAUCAAGUUUACCACAGGCUCAGCUGGCUUCAAUUUGGAAUCUUUCUGACAUUGAUCAAGAUGGAAAACUCACAGCAGAAGAAUUUAUCCUGGCUAUGCACCUGAUUGAUGUAGCGAUGUCUGGCCAACCACUGCCACCUGUCCUGCCUCCAGAGUACAUUCCGCCUUCCUUUAGACGAGUUCGAUCUGGCAGUGGUAUAUCUGUCAUCAGCUCAACGGCAGUAGAUCAGAGGUUACCAGAGGAACCAGUUUUAGAAGAUGAGCAACAACAGCUAGAGAAGAAAUUGCCCGUAACAUUUGAGGAUAAGAAGCGUGAGAAUUUUGAGCGUGGCAACCUGGAACUGGAGAAGCGGAGGCAGGCUCUCCUGGAACAGCAGCGCAAAGAGCAGGAGCGCCUGGCCCAGCUCGAGCGCGCGGAGCAGGAGAGGAAAGAGCGGGAGCGCCAGGAGCAGGAGCGCAAGAGACAACUGGAGCUGGAGAAGCAACUGGAAAAGCAGCGGGAACUAGAACGGCAGAGAGAGGAGGAGAGGAGGAAGGAAAUCGAGAGGCGGGAGGCUGCAAAACGAGAACUUGAAAGGCAACGACAACUUGAAUGGGAACGGAAUCGAAGACAAGAACUACUCAAUCAAAGAAACAAAGAACAAGAAGACAUAGUUGUACUGAAAGCAAAGAAAAAGACUCUGGAAUUUGAAUUAGAAGCUCUAAAUGAUAAAAAGCAUCAACUAGAAGGAAAACUUCAAGAUAUCAGAUGUCGAUUGACCACCCAAAGGCAAGAAAUUGAGAGUACGAACAAAUCCAGAGAGUUGAGGAUUGCAGAAAUCACCCAUCUACAGCAACAGUUACAGGAGGCUCAGCAAAUGCUUGGAAGACUUAUUCCAGAGAAACAGAUACUCAAUGACCAAUUAAAACAAGUUCAGCAAAACAGUUUACACAGAGAUUCACUUCUGACACUCAAAAGAGCGUUAGAAGCAAAAGAAGUGGCUCGUCAGCAGCUCCGAGACCAACUGGAUGAAGUUGAGAAAGAAACCAGGUCGAAACUACAGGAGAUUGAUAUUUUCAAUAAUCAGCUGAAGGAACUGAGAGAAAUACAUAAUAAGCAACAACUCCAGAAACAAAAGUCCAUAGAGGCCGAACGUCUGAAACAGAAAGAACAAGAGCGAAAGAUCAUAGAAUUAGAAAAACAAAAAGAAGAAGCCCAAAGACGAGCUCAGGAGAGGGACAAGCUGUGGACUGAGCACACGCAGCCGGACAAUGAGCAGCAGCGGCCAAGGAAGAUUCACGAUGAAGAGAAACUCCGAAGGGAGGAGAGUGUCAAGAAGAAGGAAGGCGAGGAGAAGGGCAAACCGGACACACAGGACAAGAUGAGUCGACUUUUCCAUCAGCAUCAAGAACCCGCCAAGCCAGCUGUCCAGGCACCCUGGUCCACCACAGAAAAAGGCCCACUUACAAUUUCCGCACAGGAGAAUGUAAAGGUGGUGUAUUACCGAGCGCUCUAUCCCUUUGAAUCCAGAAGUCAUGAUGAGAUCACGAUCCAGCCCGGAGAUAUAGUAAUGGUUAAAGGGGAAUGGGUGGAUGAAAGCCAAACUGGAGAACCGGGCUGGCUUGGAGGAGAAUUAAAAGGAAAGACAGGAUGGUUCCCUGCAAACUAUGCAGAGAAAAUCCCAGAAAACGAGGUUCCUGCUCCAGUCAAACCUGGGCCCGACACGACCUCUACCCCUGCACCCAAGCUGGCCGUGCGUGAGACCCCCGCUCCUGUGGCUGUGACCGCUCCAGAGCCCUCCACGACCCCCAACAACUGGGCUGAUUUCAGCUCCACGUGGCCCACCAGCACGAAUGAGAAGCCAGAAACCGACAACUGGGAUGCGUGGGCAGCCCAGCCCUCACUCACCGUCCCAAGUGCAGGCCAGCUACGGCAGAGGUCAGCCUUCACUCCAGCCACGGCCACGGGCUCGUCUCCAUCCCCUGUGUUAGGCCAGGGUGAGAAGGUGGAGGGGCUACAAGCGCAAGCCCUGUAUCCUUGGAGAGCCAAAAAAGACAACCACUUAAAUUUUAACAAAAAUGAUGUCAUCACCGUCCUGGAACAGCAAGACAUGUGGUGGUUUGGAGAAGUUCAAGGUCAGAAGGGUUGGUUCCCCAAGUCUUACGUGAAACUCAUUUCAGGGCCCAUAAGGAAAUCUACAAGCAUCGAUUCUGGUUCUUCAGAAAGUCCCGCUAGUCUAAAGAGAGUAGCGUCUCCAGCAGCCAAGCCAGCCGUUUCGGGAGAAGAAUUUAUUGCCAUGUACACUUACGAGAGUUCUGAGCAAGGCGAUUUAACCUUUCAGCAAGGGGAUGUGAUUUUGGUUACCAAGAAAGAUGGUGACUGGUGGACAGGAACAGUGGGCGACAAGUCUGGAGUCUUCCCUUCUAACUAUGUGAGGCUUAAAGAUUCAGAGGGCUCUGGAACUGCUGGGAAAACAGGGAGUUUAGGAAAAAAACCUGAAAUCGCACAGGUGAUUGCCUGCUACACUGCCACGGGUCCCGAGCAGCUCACCCUGGCCCCUGGUCAGCUGAUUUUGAUCCGAAAAAAGAACCCAGGUGGAUGGUGGGAAGGAGAGCUGCAAGCACGUGGGAAAAAGCGCCAGAUAGGCUGGUUCCCCGCUAAUUAUGUAAAACUUUUAAGCCCCGGGACGAGCAAAAUCACUCCAACGGAGCCACCGAAGCCGACGGCGUUACCGGCAGUGUGCCAGGUGAUCGGCAUGUACGACUACAUCGCCCAGAACGACGAUGAACUGGCCUUCAACAAGGGCCAGAUCAUCAACGUCCUCAACAAGGAGGACCCCGACUGGUGGAAAGGAGAAGUCAAUGGACAAGUGGGGCUCUUCCCCUCCAACUACGUGAAGCUGACCACAGACAUGGACCCAAGCCAGCAAUGGUGUUCAGACUUACACCUCUUGGAUAUGCUGACCCCCACUGAAAGAAAGCGGCAAGGAUACAUCCAUGAGCUCAUUGUGACAGAGGAGAACUAUGUGAAUGACCUCCAGCUGGUCACAGAGAUCUUUCAGAAACCCCUGAUGGAGUCUGAGCUGCUGACAGAGAAAGAGGGUGCUAUGAUUUUUGUUAACUGGAAGGAGCUGAUUAUGUGUAAUAUCAAACUACUGAAAGCGCUGAGAGUCCGCAAGAAGAUGUCUGGGGAGAAGAUGCCUGUGAAGAUGGUCGGCGACAUCCUGACCGCCCAGCUGCCGCACAUGCAGCCCUACAUCCGCUUCUGCAGCUGUCAGCUCAAUGGGGCUGCCCUGAUCCAGCAGAAGACGGACGAGGCCCCGGACUUCAAGGAGUUUGUCAAAAGACUGGCAAUGGACCCUCGAUGUAAAGGGAUGCCACUCUCUAGUUUUAUACUGAAGCCUAUGCAACGGGUAACAAGAUACCCACUGAUCAUUAAAAAUAUCCUGGAAAACACUCCUGAAAACCACCCUGACCACAGCCACUUGAAGCACGCCCUGGAGAAAGCGGAGGAGCUGUGCUCCCAGGUGAACGAAGGGGUGCGGGAGAAGGAGAACUCCGACCGGCUGGAGUGGAUCCAAGGCCACGUGCAGUGUGAAGGCCUGUCCGAGCAACUUGUGUUCAAUUCAGUGACCAACUGCUUGGGGCCACGCAAGUUUCUGCACAGUGGGAAACUCUACAAGGCCAAGAGCAACAAGGAGCUGUAUGGCUUCCUCUUCAACGACUUCCUCCUGCUGACCCAAAUCAUAAAGCCCUUGGGCUCAUCUGGCACGGACAAAGUCUUCAGUCCCAAAUCGAACCUGCAGUACAAAAUGUACAAAACACCUAUUUUCCUGAAUGAGGUUCUAGUAAAAUUACCCACUGACCCUUCUGGAGAUGAGCCCAUCUUCCACAUCUCCCACAUUGACCGAGUCUACACCCUCCGAGCCGAAAGCAUAAAUGAAAGGACUGCCUGGGUGCAGAAAAUCAAAGCUGCUUCAGAACUCUAUAUAGAGACUGAGAAAAAGAAGCGGGAGAAGGCGUACCUGGUCCGUUCCCAAAGGGCAACAGGUAUUGGAAGGUUGAUGGUGAACGUUGUUGAAGGCAUUGAGCUGAAACCCUGUCGGUCACAUGGAAAAAGUAACCCGUACUGUGAGGUGACCAUGGGCUCCCAGUGUCACAUCACCAAGACGAUCCAGGACACUCUGAAUCCCAAAUGGAAUUCCAACUGCCAGUUCUUCAUCAAAGACCUGGAGCAGGAGGUCCUCUGCAUCACCGUGUUUGAGAGGGACCAGUUCUCUCCAGACGAUUUUUUGGGUCGGACAGAGAUCCGUGUGGCCGACAUCAAGAAGGACCAGGGUUCCAAAGGCCCAGUUACAAAGUGUCUCCUGCUACAUGAAGUCCCCACAGGGGAGAUUGUGGUCCGCUUAGACCUGCAGCUGUUUGAUGAGCCAUAG